AUUUGUGAUUGUGCAUGCGUAUAACAACCAUAUAACAUAUCUCCCACUCAUGACGUGGCCAUUUCAUUAUUUUUCAAAGUGUAAUAAAUAUUUUUAACUAAUUAACGAUAAAUAUAAAAUAUUUGAUAAAAUAAAGUUGAGGAGCCGGACAAACCAAAAUUCCAGCAAUUGAUUGAAAACAAAAAACAAUAGAAAACUUAAUUGCUUUGCUUAGAAGUUCUAUGCCAACUUUUCUGCAGUGUUGAUCAUUGUGGCAUUGGCCUUGUCCUGUUGCACAUCGCCUUGUAAGACACGUUGUGUUACUAAGUUAUCAUUCUUUUAUCGAAACACUUCUCUUACGUUUAUUAUAAUUAAAAAUAACGUUUAAGUGGAACUAAAAGUUUUGCUUUUCAUGAUUUAAAGAAAACGCAAAAUUGAAUUAUAGGACAAAAUUAUUGUGCAUCACGAAACAACGAAUAUUUAAAUCAGUGUGCUGCAAACGAGCUUUAAUAUGUAUCCGAUGGAAAGUUUUUUGCCUUGUGUUCUAACCAUUUGUACUCUUUAUGGAUUUGGAUUAAAAUGGUGCUGUGAAUAUGCCAAGUUUUGCAUUUCAUUGAGACCAAAAGAGGACGAGUCCAUGACAAAGGGUACUAGAUUUUGGAAGAAAUGUGAAAUAAUAUUUACCAGUCAACUGUUCGAAGCUUGUCUUAAGUUUAUAAUAGCAAUAAUAGGUGGUCUCAUUAAUUUAAGCCGUUGUUCGGAGGAUAAUGAAGUAGUCAUUCAUAAAGUUAACAUCAUAUUGUUGUUCCUUGUUUACUCUGUUGUAGUCGACGUUGUCAAUUUUUUUCGUCCUCGUCACAUAAGCGAUGGUUUAGUCAAAAUGGGUUUGGCGCAAAUCUUUUUCAUUGAAGGAUUUCUUUUUGUUUUGGUAGGCGUUGAUGAAAUUUUAGUUGUUAACAUAAUUUUAGCAGGUAUCUGUUGGACAACAUCUCUUGCUGUUACUUUAGAACUUAUAUGGCCAGAAAUGAAACUUUUAAGAGCUUAUACGACUCUUUUACACGGUGGAUGGAUCCUUCGUAUGUAUCAGGUGGAAUCACUUUUACCUGUUAGAGUCUUUUUGGACUUCUCAUGGUACAUGUUAGUUACAGUUAUUACAACUUUUUGUAUUGUCGGCAUUACAAGAAAGCGGGCGCUAAAAUUAGUAAUCGAGAAACCACCUGAAAAACCAAUUAACGAUUGUCAAAAACCACUCCAAAAAGUAUAAUUGGUUCAUUUAACAGUGUAGUGAUAUUGAAUACUAUAGGUCUUCAAUCGUCAGGUAGUGAGAUUUGUAUACAAGUAUAUUAUCAAAAGAUAGACUCGUAGUAAGCAUAAUCAUACUUAUUGCUAUUAUACAUGAAAUAGUGUACAGCGGAGUACAAUCUAUUUCUUUAACAUGUUCACUGCCACACGCUUUUCACAUGAUUUUUCUACCAUGCUUACACAAAUUUUUGAUUGUGGGAUGCAUAUUUUGUUUAAUUCUCUUUUACAACUGAUUAACAGCGUUGUAUAAUUGUGUUUUGUUUAUUUUUUAUGGUGAAGUCACCGGUAACCAUCGAGGCACUGUAGGCCAUUUUAUUAUUAUUUGCUCCUAAAUAUGGAAAAGAUUGAGGAAUUUAUAGCAAUGAAUAAUUUCUGACCAUGACGAUUGAUUUGCAGAAGAUCUAUACAAAGACCAAUGAGAUAUCGAGUUCUACAAAAAAAUAUAUUACAUUUACUCAUAGUUUAUACUAGUCACAAACCCAUUCAAAGAACCUCCAACGGAUUGUUUAGUAUUUUCUUAAAAUUUUUCUAUUUUAUAUUUUCUUUGAAAUCUUAUCUCUGUUUGCAAGAAUCUGAAAAUGAAUAGUUUUUAACAAGUACUUACGUUAUAAAUUUAAUUAUGUUAUAGAGACAAGUAACUCGGAAAAAUAUUUCAAUUCCUAAUUUUAGGUUGAAGUUAGCAAAGUAUUUAGUACAAUGUUCUGAUGUUAAAGAUUGCAUUUUAUCAAGCAAUUGCGUACAGAAAAGACGUAAUCACGAAUUAAAAAAAGAAUCGAGAAGUGCUGACUGUUUUUGUUCAUAUUUUCUUUGUCUACCGUGUCUAAUUGUAACUCAUCGAAGCGUACCCAAAAAAAAUGUAUAUUUUCUUUGUAAAAAAAAAAAUUAUUCUUACAUACAAUGUAUGUCAUAGAUUUCUGCACAGAAAUCAUUAUAAAAACAAUGGUAUUAUUUAAAAAUUUAUCAGAAUCGAUAUUUAUUCUAAUUAUGUAUUUUUACUAAUGAUUGUGUUGAGAUCACCGAUGACCUACACAACAGUCAACAUGUUAAACUCAUUUUAUAUGCAAUAAUAAUAGCAUUAGUACAAUAUUGCAAUCAUAUUAAUUAAUAUCUAUAUAUAAUACUCAAAAUAUUAAUCAACGAUGAUACCAAUUCAAAUAAGAUUGUGUCUUUUGAUAUUUGUUAUAUUU